AAUGAAGAGUUUAACUGUACGCUGGAAGAAAGUUCUACUCACCCAUCAAAUUAGUUUUAUAAUUGUUACUGGAUUCCAAACACCUGCUGGACCAGGACACUCUGGCGAUUCACCACAUACGCCACCAAUACAUCAUGGGAAUUCACCACAUACACCACCAACACAUCCUGGCGAUUCAUCAAUUUUAUUCACAACAUCAACUGUUCAAUCUAGUACGGUGGCCACUACGCAAGAAUCAACUAUUCAAUUCAGUACAGAUACCUCGACGCAAGGAUUAAAUGUUCAAUCCAGUACAGAUACCUCAGCGCAAGAAUCAACUAUUCAAUCCGAUACAGAUACCUCGACGCAAGGAUCAACUAUUCAAUCCAAUACAGAUACCUCGACACAAGGAUCAACUAUUCAAUCCGAUACAGAUACCUCGACGCAAGGAUCAACUAUUCAAUCCAGUACAGCUGCCUCUACGCAAGGAUCAACUGGUCAAAUUUCAGGUAAUAAGUCCAAACCAUUUGGUUUCUUUCACUUAUGCUUUACUUCAUCAAAAACCAUAACCAAUUCCUAUUGA